AUGGGGAAAAAGUUAUUAUUAGGCCUUCUGGUCGUGUUUAUGGCAUUGCUCAAAAGAGUGGAGAGUGGUACAGAUUAUUCAGGGAUAUUUGAUCCAACAAGUUUGUUAUCAAAAGAACAAGUCAAUGAUGCUUUGGUUGAUUCGUGGGAAAAGCCUAUUGAUAUAGCAGAAAGCGCUAAUUACACUACGAUUUUCGGAGAUUUAUUGAGUGUUAAAACUUUCUCAGAAGUUAACUCACUAUUCCCACUUUCUCCAUAUAACUCGGUUUCUGAUGAAGUCUUAAUAAGAUGUAUACUCUCAGAAGGAAUAGUUUAUAGUCCAGAAACCUGUCCAAAUCUAAAUUGUGAACAAUAUCCAACAUCUACAGACUUCAAGUACUAUAAUUCAUCAUCAUCAUCUACAAUCAGAGUUGCAUUAUCCAGUGAAAACGUAAUCCUUGGUUCAGCUAUCUACACUUUUGAUACUUCCAUAAUACCAAGUAUUUCACUAGUAAAUAAGUUUGUGGUUGUCUUUAAGAUUGAAGACCCUAUUUUGCAUUCUAAAAUAAGUAUAAGAUUAGUAUCUGUAGUAAGAAGAGGAGAGAGUGGAAAAGAAGGUAUUCCAAUUCUUAGAGGAUCUUCUUUUCACUCUAUUGAGCAGAAUAUAAUACCAGGAAAGACUUUUUAUUCUGUUGACAUUGUUGGAUUAUUCAAUUUCUUACCCAAUGAGUUUGAGUUAAGCCGAGUAUCAAUUGUGGUUUUACCUUCCUCUCCUUCUGCCAAUGUAGUACUAAGCAUGGAGUCUUAUGCUAUUGCUAGAUUUUACAUGUCAGUAGAUACAAUUCCAAUAUAUGGCAGCGGAGGAGUUGGAGAAAAGGCAAUCCAACAAGAUAAGUAUAUUCAAGUUGAAACAACCUCAGUUUUUGGGAGAUCUAUAAUAGACUAUAAUGAUAAGGUUAAAGCACGAUUCAAUGAUUAUUGUCCAAAGACCUUUGGAGGGCAAUGUCUAGUUCAAAUAACAUCCCUCAAAUCUACUAAUGCAAUAGGUAUUUUUGGUUUCCAACUAUAUCUAGCAGGAGUAGUCUUUGCUAUAAAGAGUGCUAAGAUCUACAUUCCUAUCUCAGUGUUUAAAUCAGAAGAACAGGUAGUUACAAACAUCAAAGUGUCUCUUUUGAAACCAAACUUCUCAAUUACAAAACUUAAUUAUGAGGAGUUUAGUAAAAGCUUUGAAAACCCAAUAAACUCUAUAUCUUUACCAUUAUCCUUGGAAUCUGGUAUAAAAACUUUAAUUGUAGAUAUUACAAGUCUUUUCAAAAACUCUCCCACAUUAGCCAUUGAAAAUGUAUUAAUCAGUAUUUCUCUACCAGAGAGCUACGUGGGAGCCAUCUUUACCCUUAAUAAGGCUAAGAUAACCUACAAGUUUGAUCCUUCUGAAACCUUCCAGUCUAUGGAUCACCUAAAUACACAAGUAUUCUCGAACCCAAAUAUUGCUUCCAUUGAAACCUCUUUCUUUGACAAGAAUGGAAAGGCCAUCAAUUUUGACUCUUCACUAAAUUUCGAGGAUAUUACCCAAGGAAACAAUACCUCCAUUUCUGGUAACUCUGCAUUUGUUUCACAGUUUUCCGUCCCUUUUAUCACCACUGAAAGUCUUCAGGGGAUGAAUAUAACAAUCGUGGAAAAGUCAAAAGUCUCCUCAAACUCAGAAUCCAAGUCCCCUUCUUCCUCGAACCCCACAUCCAACUCCACAACCAAUUCCACUUCCUCCAAGCCUACAUCCAACUCCACGUCUAGCUCUACCACUAACUCAACAUCAAACUCUACCACUAACUCUACCAAUACUGAGUCCACGAAAGAAGAGGGGAAUAAUGGGAGUGAUUUAACUGUAGCCUAUGAAACGCUUGACUAUACCAUUAGCAUAGUAAAAGCUCUCAGAAUAACUAAUCUGACAAGCUCUAGUGGCCUAGAAGUCAUCUCAAGCAAGGACUUUAAACUCAAUCUAGGAGGAGUUACCAGGAUUGAUGUAAUGGAAUUGGUAAAAAAGGCUAUUAGUGGAUCUGGCCUAAAUCUCGGUCUUAUUACCUUCUAUGGACAGCCGAAAUCAAAAGAAUCUAAUCAGAAUCUAAGCCUGGCCCUUCCUUUCAUGGAGAUUAAGUGGAAUCCUGGCUCUUCUCUGUCCAAUGGAGUCAUUUCUGGCGGAAGCUUUGAGACUAAACUUAAAAGUUUGAAGCUUGGAGAACUCAACAAAACCAGUUGGAACUCCAAAUCCACAGAAGCAACUGCCAAACUGAACAGUGUAGCCUUAGCUGCAUUCGAUUUCUCAAAAAUCCCCUGUAUAAACACUAUCACAUCAGCUGAAGCCAAAAUCGAGUUCUCCAAGUUUACAGCUAAUGGCGAAUUUGAAGUCUUUCUAAUGGAUAAAUUUGACUGGAACUCCUCCUUCACUGUUGAAAGUCAGACCUUCUUCAAUAAUCCUAUUGUAAAGUACACAUCAGAUAAGUCAAUCCCUCCCACUCUUCUGGCUGUUCCCUUUGUUGCUGAUAGAAAAUCCUCCUUUGCUGUGGAUGUCUCCCUAACCAAUGUAAUUGGAAACGGAGGAGUUUCCAACUUGAAGAAUCCCAGUCUAGGAGUUAUUGCUUUCUCCACAAAUUCGGAUGACAGUGAAAUGAUAAUAAAGUCAGUUGAAAUCGACCUUAAGUGUUCCUUUAGUGAUGGAGUUUACUAUAAUACCGCCAUAGUUUGA